AUGGCAGCCUUGGAAGGUCAGUUGGAGUUUGUGGAUUCCUUGAAGCCAGAUAUCACCAGCUACCUUGCCACAGAGACUGUUUGCCCAUCGGCGCAGCUGGGCCAUUUGAACCUUGCCAACUGGUUGACAUCAAAGCGUCUACUGUGCUACUUCCGGCCUGAUGAAGAACAAGGGCAACUUUGGCGAAAAGCCAGAGAUGGCUGGAUUGAAAAAGCACCAGAUGACAGCUCUGAUGCACCAACCGCACCUGGACCGCGGUGGCGCUCAGUUUUCGGAGCACCGCCCUCCCCUGGUUCCUUGCUGUGGCCGGGUAGACCGACUUCGUUCGAGAUGGACCGAGCAAUGGGUCGCGCUGACCCUGUCGAGGUGGCGCUGCCAGCACCACAAAAUGAGGAUUCUGGCAGUGACAGCGCGAGGAGUGCAGACAAGGAAAAGGGCAGCCGUCGACGUCGAAGCGCUCAGGGUCGGGAGGACAUGAAGUCUCAAAAAGAGAUUUCUCCUAGUUUAGUUCCGCCGGACUUAGCAGACAGCCUGCUCGAAUUCACAUCUUGCUUCGAAUCUGGGAAUUUGCGAUGCGUGCUAUAUGACAAGGAGGGAGAUGAAUAUUUCCUCUUUCUGGACAAUGAUCUCAACAGUCGUGGACACACCCAGUGGUUUUACUUUGCAGUGCGCAAUGGUCGAGCUGGCAGAGUGUAUCGAAUCCGAAUCGUCAAUAUGUCCAAACCCAAAGUGCUGUUUCGCGUCGGCAUGCGCCCAGUGACAUGGUCGGAACUGGAUGCUCAGAGAAGACUGUCUGUGAGCAAGAAAAGCUUUGAGGACUCCGUGUGGGACGGCGCUUUUGGUUUGUGGAAGCCUGCUGGAGAGGACGUCAGAUACUGCAGGACCGCCGGCAGCGACGGUACUUCGACUUCCACCUUGUCCUUUGACUAUGUCUUCGAACGGGGCCAUGACUCGGUCUUCUUUGCAUACUACGUACCUUACACAUACUCAAUGCUGCAGUGGACAUUGAAUCACUUGGUGAGAGACCCUGCCACAAGGGCCUUUUGCCGCUUGAAACGUUUGGCCAUGACCGUGGGCGAGGCAUGUUGCGACAUGCUGACCAUCACAAAUAGCCGCAUUGAGCGAAAGAUGAAGAAGGUUGUAAUUGUAAGUGCAAGAGUUCAUCCUGGCGAGAGCAACGCAAGCUGGCUGGUCCACGGACUGAUGGGCUUUCUUUUGUCGUCGACUGCGGAAGCUCAGGUUCUCCGAGACAAUUUCGUUUGGAUCUGUGUGCCGAUGCUCAACCCAGAUGGCGUCAUUUGCGGCAACUACCGAUGUGGCCUGUGUGGCACAGACCUCAACCGCCAGUGGAGACAGCCGAACCAAGUCCUGCAUUCUUCGGUACACAAGCUGAAGAAAUUGGUUGCACGCAGCAAGGCCAAGCUGUGUAUGUACCUGGAUCUGCAUGGCCAUUCACGAAAGUGCGGCAUUUUUGCAUAUGCCUGUGGGCAGUUCGCGGAGGAUGAUCACCGCCGCUUCACCGUGCGAAUCUUCCCAAAACUCUUGUCGAUGCUAACUCCAGAGUUCAAUUUCUUCCAUUGUCGCUGGAGCGUUGGCAAAGGAAAGCGUGGCACUGGCAGAGUGGUUGCUGCGAAGGACCUUGGAAUCACCAAUGCAUACACGAUAGAGGCAUCGAUGUGGGGUGCUGUUGAUGUCAUGCCAGCUUCCAAGGCUGGUGAGCCUGACGAAGAGGACACGAUGCCAGUGGUGGUGGCGUUUACCGCAUCAAAACUGCAAGUCUUCGGCGCCAACUUGGCACGUGCUUUGAUCGUGCAGCACAGCCUUGGUCCCAUGGUUCAGGGCCGACUGCGGUGCUCUCGUGCAUGGGAUGGUGGAAAAGGAGGGCCAUGGCCGGUGCUGACUGCGGAGAAGGAGCUGGCUUUGAAAGAGUCAGUCUUGCGCACUUCCAGCGCAUCUCCAUGCAAUUCUGAUUUGACCUCCAGCGAAAGCGAGGACUCCGAUACCGAGAGAACCGAGGGGCUCGAGCCUCCUUCACCGACAAAUUUUCAGGACUCUCCAGACUCUCUCGAGACCUCCGAGAGAUUCCAGGAUGAGGGUUUGGCCUUCCUCGAUUGCAAUGUGGCAGACAUCAUGGAAGAACUUGACUUUCCAGAUGCUGAUGAGUCUGACUCAGGAGGUAGCGAUAGUCAUCCAUCGGAUGACAAUUUAGAAGAUUUGAAGCUGAGACAAGUGGAAGAAAAACUGAUGAGCAGAAGGAAGCCAGUGAGAAGCACCUCCAAGCGAAAAGUCAAAAGUGAAAAGAACACGUCCAACACUUUGAACGCGUCGAAGAAAUUGACCAAAGUCCCGAGCCGAAAAGAAAUGCCCUCUGCAUCCUCUGGAGCACGGCAGAGGGCGAAAAGCUUUGGGCGAAAGGAGAAGGACGAGGAGUCUAAGGAAAAGGCAGUCGAGAGGGUCGAGAGGGUCGAACGAGUCAAGGAGCCGGCACGUCCGCGUGAUGUUGUGGUUCGUCCACCUGUAGAGAAGGUGGUCGCCUUUGGACAGACAACCUACCUGGUGGGCCGACAACGUGGUGGAAGUUGCAUGCCACGACUUCAAGAGAAGGAAGUCAAAGGUGACCCCCUGGAAGCUGUGUCGAAGGACCGUUUGGAUCGCUUGGGUCGACGUGGCAUGGCCGCUGCCAUGUCUACUCUGACGGCAAAUCCGCGAGUGCAACUGGCGGCUGCUUGUGUUCUCGGCAAAUUGGAGACCCAGGAGCCUCUGAGCCCGAAGAGUCCGCAAAAUCGAUCGCAUCCGUCCUUGCAGUCCCUGCAGUCUGACUCUCCAAGGCGUGAACGAGACACGGAUGGCCGCGAUGGCCGCGAUGGUCGUGAUGUCUCGUUACACACUUUCUUGGAGCGCUACGAACGAGAUGAAGAUGACACACGGAAGCCUCGACCUAAAACAGCAGCUCUGUACAGAGGCAAAACCACAGAAAUGGAGCCGAAAGUUUCGACAAAAACCACUCGAGCUGAAAGCGAACAUGGAAGGCGCUGCACUGGACAACGAUGGACAAAGUGGGAUGGGCCCUGUGUGCAACUUGACAAAGAUGUACCUCUGGAUGAAAUGUCGCUUUCUCCAAGUAGAACAGUCAGAUCGCGUGGUGCACGACCUUUCAGCUUCCAGCCACCGGUCGCAGCUCCCGGCGACAAAAUCGCCAUUGCGGCUUUGCGCUCGUGGGCGACUGCUGCAACUGUUUUGGCCAAAGCCAACUUUGAAGAAACGGUCGAAACGAAAGCCGUUGAGCAGUUGGAGCGGAAGAACGGAACCAAUGGGACGACUGGGACGAAUGCAACCGAAGGGAAGAAGCCAAUAGCGAAUGAUGUGUGACAUGAAGAUAAAUCGGAUAAAUGAAGUGAAACAAGUAAAAUGAUCUAAACAGCCUGAAAAUGAAAAAUUGAUAGCCUGGACAAAGCGCCGUAGGCAAACCUGCCAGCAGUGCAUAAAGUUGUACUGGCUGGCUAGGUUUGCAGUUAACGAAAGUGGUGCACAAUGACCUCACAGGUCGGUCUCCACCAUAUUCUUUACUAGCACCAGCACAAAGGAUGUUGGGUCUCUGAUCGCGCAAGAAA